CAUCUACACUAGUCCCACCUGCCUGCGUUUGCCCCAUAUCCCUCCAAACCUGUCCUAUCCAUGUACCUGUCUGAAACUGUUUAUUAAACAUUGCGAUAGUCCCAGCCUCAAAUACCUCCUCCGGCAGCUCGUUCCAUACACCCACCACCCUUUGCGUGAAAAAGUUCAGAUUCCCAUGGAAUCUUUCUCCCUUCACCUUAAACCUAUGUCCUCUGGUUCUCGAUUUCCUCCACUCUGGGCAAGAGACUCUGUGCAUCUACCCAUCUAUUCCUCUCAUGAUUUUGUAUACCGCAUCCUCCUGCGUUCCAGGGUAUUGAGACCCAGCCUACUCAACCUCUCCCUGUAGCUCAGACCCUCUAGUCCUAGCAACAUCCUCGUAAAACUUCUCUGCACCCUUCCAGCUUGAAAACGUCUUUCCUAUAACAUGGUGCCCACAACUGAAUACAAUACUCUAAAUGUGGCCUCACCAACAUCUUACACAACUGCAACAUGACAAUGACUGCUCCUUGCUGUUUUGUAUGUGUUUAUUCGUUUGUGUCGUCUGUGAAAACCCUAUUAUUAUUAAUGUUUAGUGUUUUCUGAGUCAUUCGUAACUGUCACUGUAUGUCAUGUAGUUACUUGUGGGUGGAGCACCAAGUCAAAUUCCUUGUAUGUGAAUACUUGGCCAAUAAACUUACUUACUUACUUUAAGUCAUUUGCUCUUGUGUACCUUUUCAUACCUCUAGUUUCCCUCUCCCCUGACUCUCAGUCUGAAGAAGGGUCUUGACCCGAAACGUCACCUGUUCCUUUUCUCCAGAGAUGCUGCCUGUCCCGCUGAGUUACUCCAGCAUUUUGUGCCUGCCCUCUCUCUCGGCGCUUUGCCAUCCGGAACCAUUCAACUGAAAGCUGAGCAUUUUUGGUGCUUUCACGACACCAUUGUUAUCACCCCAACAAGCAGACUAUCAGGAAUGAUCAAUAUUGACAGAUGCAAACAAAGUGGAAUUUGGCCUUGUACAAACAGAUAACUUUUCCUGCAUGAAAGGCCAAUCAUCACAAAGAACCUUUAUCACAUGUGCCUGUACUAUUCAGAUAUACCCACUAUACGUAAUGAACAGAAUUGUGAAAUAAGCUUGCACCAUGGACGUCAGCUGUUACAUAGGAACAGCACAGGAAUAGAUUUUUCAGCCCACAAUGUGGGCGAUAUGGUGGCGUAGCAGUAGAACUAUUACCUUGCAGCGCCAGAGACCCAUAUUCGAUCCUGCUACGAGUGCAUGUCUGUAUGGAGUUUCUACGCUCUCCCCGUGACCUGCGUGGAUUUUCUCCGAGAUCUUCGGUUUCCUCUCACUAUCCAAAGACUUACAGGUAUCGCCGGAUGUCUUGCUGUUGUGGUGCUGGGUUUACAAAGACUGCGCAAAACAGAACAGAAGCUGUCGGUACAUCUCAUCCACAUGAGAGUGGCUGGUCAAGGCUUUGUGGUGGGAGCGAUUACGUUGGGUGUCGUCUACUCCAUGUACAAUGAUUACUUCAGGAAACCUCGACAUGGAUAGCAAUCCUUGGAAAAAGAGGACUUGUUUUCGAAUUGGAGUCAAGCCUCGACUUGCCGUGGAUUUCAGAAGCAUGGCACAUACCUCACGGCGAGGGCUGGCGUGCACUGUGUUUCCAGCGAGUUGAAGCUUUCAGUAAAGCUUUCUUCCUCUGGUCUUCACGACCACA